AUGCGGGAGGCUUCCAGCCGCACGACCGGCCGGCAUCCUCCGUGCAGUCCCCCGAGCGGCAGCAGCCCACGCCCAGGAGCGCCACCCGAGCCCGUGUCCCCCCCGGGGCCGCGCACCGGGCGCUCACGGCCGGGAUGUCACCGCCGCGCUCGCGGCCGCAGCGACAGCCGGAGCGCGUUCCGCGCAGAGCAGAGCAGAGCAGAGCAGAGCAGAGCAGAGCAGGCGAGCCUCGCGCUCAGCCGCACCUCCAGAGCAUCCCGAGCCCCGCCAGGUGCGCGGCUCUCGGCGCCUUCAUCCUCAGCUGUCCCCGCGGGGAAGCAGCGGCCCCGCGCCGCACGGUUCCUGCCCGCACACGCGGCUACAAACAAGAUUUCUGCUCAAGAUGCUGGGAAUCCGAACCUCCAACCGCCCCAAGAACAAAGCGCCUUUAAGCACCGGCACAACCGAGCCUCCAGAAACCGGGCCUCCGCCUGCUGUGAGGCCCACACGAAGCCCACGGGCGCCGCUCACGCUUGGUCUGACUGCCCGCAGUGCUCAGGGCCUCCAGGUGCCUGCAGCCUUCUGACCUCCUCCCACGGUGCUGCCCCGCGUGGGAGCUGCCCCACACCCGCUCUCAUGGGGCUUGGAGGCAGCAGCUCGGUGCUGCUUCUGAGCCGGGCCCGCACAGCAGAGCUCUGCUCCUCCCUCAGAACAUAUGGAGCAAACGGAGGAUUCCCCCCACCCCGUAUAAAUAGCAGCGGCGGCGUUAAUUCAUGCAGGCGUGCACCGAGCUCACACUGCACACAUCCCCCUUGACACGCACGGCUGCAGGCAGAAAGGAGCCCAGCACUGCUUACAGCUGGGUGCAGGAAGCUGCAGGCAGCCCCACGGUGCCCUGCAGGCAGCGGCCACGGCCUGGCUCCAGGAGGGAGCAAAGGCAAAGCUCAGCUGAGCCCAAAACAGCCUCAAGCUCCAUCCCUGCACAAUUCCCCUCCCUACAAACAGGUUUCAGCAGCACAGAACUACAGCCAGCUUGAAAGGAAGUUGGAAAUGAUCACGCUUUUAUAGCAUCAGGGGGCUCGGAAUCUGCGUGCUGGCAUGCAGGGAACAUCAGCUCCUGUCACGUAGCUUAGAAGUGUCUUUCCAGAGGGCAAUGCACUGGCACACAUUUGGAAGGAACCAACAGCAGCACCCCUGGGCCAUCCCGUGCUGCCCGUCUCACAGAGCCCCCAGGCACAGUGCUGCCAUAGUGAAUCCAAAGGGAAUCUGUGACACAGGAACAGUUUUAUUGCCUUUUCCUGUUAGCGUGCUCCAUCCGUCCACCAUCAGCAGCACUCCUCUGUGAGCUCAGCCCAGUUCUCCUCAGCCACAGCUUCACCUCACCACCUCCAGGUGCCCUCGUGGUGAAGGGGCAGCGACCCCUCAGCUUCAGCUGGAAGAGCCACGCUGGAGCUGACACUGCAAACCACAGCCCUCUCUGUGCCCCCAUCCAUCCCCACAACAUGAAGGGCAACGGUGGCUGCAUGCUGUGCGGUUUGGGUUGGAUUCUUUUCACCCAUCCCUGAUGGAGACCCAUCGGCAUAAAUGGCUGAGAGCUCCCAUUGCUGCACAUACAUUUGCACUUAAGGCCUUCAGUGCAUCGCCGACACACUUUUUCUUGCAGUGGUUGCUCUGCUCUAUGCACAGCCAUGCAAAGUGCAGUCCCCACUGUGGUGUCAUUAAACAUAACUCUCAAGAGAAGCUGCUGAACAUUUCUUAAACGGGGACAAACAGGGAAACAAGUGUAGGGCUUGAUGGUGAUUAAUCUUGUUAUCUCCAUAGCACAAGUUACACAGGUUUCCAAAACCUGUCUGGGGUUGAGAAGAUGCAUGCAGAACUCAGGUUUGAGGAGUGGUCCUGAGAGCAGCACUGCUUGCUGUCUAAUGUUUGUCACAGCAGCACUUUCAAGAGAGGACGACUGCAGAAGCAGAACUGAAAGAGGAGGCGAAGGGACGGAAAUAGAAAACUCAAAAUUACAGGAUGAAGCCGUGUCCUUUCUGAAUUGCUACAAAUAUUCUCACCCGUAGGAGUUGCAAAACCAGCUAAUGACACACUGUGAGUAGCGGAAGCGUGAGCAGUGCCAGUGAGUCACUGCAGAGCAGGGGGACAAGGUGCUCCAACACCCUGCUGCUUCCCAAGGUAACGCAGCACACGGAGAGAGCAGCACAGGGAAGGCGACUCCGGUUCUCAGAACGCAAGAAAUCCUGAUCCUGGGGGGUGGCUGUGGUUACUCCUCUCAAGUAGAAUGUUACUUUCACCACAGUAUCCUGGACCGAUGUCAGCCUGAGGAUCUCUGCAGGACAGCAGGUUCUUCUGUAUUUCAUUUCUGUGGUAGGGGCGCAGGAUGCUGUGUGUGACAGAACAGAACUGAGCGCCGUGCUGUGGGAAACGCCCCGCUCCCCUGAGCGCACAGAGCCGGGGGCCAGAGCUCCUGCUCAGCUGCCCCAUCCGGCCCCAGCCUGACCUCACGAGUUGCAAACACACACACGUCACCCAAAGCCAUCAAUUUCUACAAUCAUUUUUAUUAGUUAUGGAAGAAUCCCCACUAGUAUUUACAUAGUGCAAAAAAGCUGUUAUUACUCCAAAAAGUACGGUAGACAGAACAAUUAUCCUUCAUACAGCAAAAAAAGAAAUGGAACAAACCCCUUCAUAUUGUAUUUCAUAAUUUCUCUACUGCUUUAACCUAAGUAUUACCAUAAAUCUUUUAAGACAUUAAAGAUUAAACAGCUUUCCUAAUUAGACUAUUUAAAAAGUAAAAUAUAUGAACUAUUGAUGAACGUUGAGAAGGUGGGCUGUGCCAACUGGGUUUCUAUUUUCACCGUUACCAUUCAGUGGAGUGGAAGUUUGGGGUUGAACAUUCUUUCGUUUCCUUACGUGGGCAGGGUGGGGCAGAGCCCUCUCAUGCGUUUUUAUGGCUUUGCAUCUGCUGGUUUUUGUUUCAUCAACACAUCGCCACGUCUCCUCCCGACAUGGCUGACACCGAAACCAACGCGGUGGUUCCAUUAGUUGGCACAACUUCACACAAAAUACUUAGUGACAGUCUCAGCAAACAGCAGCUUCUCAAACAGUAAUACUUUAUACAAAUGUGUGUAAGGUAACGUUAUUAAAUGUAAGCUCGUGUUAAAGGACCAGACAGAACCACGCUGUGUAAGCUCCCUCCCACCCAAAUGAGCAUAAGGACACCUCUUACCUUUACCAUAAGAAUACCAACAAGUGCAUCUUUGAACAUUUUCUAUAAUUAAUCUUUCAAACACAGGUCAAUACCCUCAGUCACUGUUCAGCUCCAAUUGUACAAACACCUGCACGCAGCCUGAGCAGAAGUCAGUCAGACUCCAGGCAGUGGCAGCAGUGCUCUUCAGUGCGUGCUGACAGGAUCAGGUCCCGAACCUCUGUCAUUUUCACUUGGCCCAACUAAGGGCAAAAGCUCUUCAGUAUUUUUUCCCUUUCACAUAUUUGCGAUCCACAUUUUAUGUCAAGAGAUACUUUUAGUAUUUAUAUAAAUAGGUUGCGUACGUAGCCAUCUCUAUCAGCUUUAAAGAUCCCUACCCCUACCACAGAUACGUUACUUUUGAUUUUACCAGAUAAAUUAAGUGGUGAAAUCAUCUCUAUAAAGAAUGCCUUAAGAAAAGUAGAUUCAUUUUCUGAAUAAUCAUUUUCACAACAAAAAUAUCUAUACACCUAUAACUACAGAAACACCUUCUCUUGGGAACCAUAACAGCCUGUAUAAUAAACUGUGUACUCAUAUACCAAAUAGAAAUUCAGCUACUUAAAAAAAAGGUCAUGGUACUGUAAAACAUUUUUAUGCUUUUUUCCCCCCCCUCCCAUUCUGAUGAUAAUAAAAAUCAAAGUUACCACAGUGAGAUACUCUUCUCAAGUGCUUCAGGUGGUAAGGAACUUCCCUAAACUUAGAUGCAAAUGGAUCACUCCCAGAGGAACUGCAGUUUCACUCCCUAUUAUUGCUCAUUCCUGGCUUAUCAAAAAGGAAGCACUAGGACCAGUUUCCUUUGCACCUUUCGUUUGCUCCUCCAAGAGUGAUCUGCCACACUGACAGAGACUAGUUCCUUAUUUGCUGGCAAGUUGAGAAAUAUUAGAAGUGCUAUGUCACCUUCAAGAACUAUUAAAUCUGUAGCAAAAUUGCAGUUAAGUAGUGGGCUGAAUAUUACAAGUUUUUUUUUAAUAUAUAUAUAAAUGUCAAAAAACCUUAAAAUGACAAUCCAAGUUCAAAAAGACAUACAAAAAGAUGCAUUUGAUGCUAAUACUUCAAGAUCAAAAGUCAUUUGAAUCACUGGCACUGAAAAAAGCAAAUGGAAAAGUUACAAACAUCUUUUUUUCCUCUUCUGAUGUUCUGUUUUGCCCUCAGUGCACACACUGAUCCCAGCUGACGCUGAGACGUGCCUACACAUCCAAGGGCAAGUUUUGCUUGUCAGCAGUUCAAACACCUAUCAUUUCCUAAAGCAAAAACUCUUUGCAAACACACAGACAGAAGUCUGCCAUACAGAGAGUGAAAAGUUUAACAUUCAGGAGGCGUCAAUCCUCAGUCUUUGUUUUCCUACAAAAUGCCUCUUCUAGUAUCUAGGAAGAUUACAUUAAGGAACUAAGAACACGACAGAACAGCCAGUUGUCCAAGCAGCUCUCUACACUGCUUAUGUACAUAGCAUUUGCUAUGCCAGUAUCUAUCAAAGGUUUAUUUACAGAACACACAGAUUCUAUUAUUCUCAUUAGCAUUCAAAAACCCAGGGGCAGACCAUUUCUAAACCCAGAGUCUUAUUUUCCCAGUGCAACUCAAGAUGCCAGCACUACUACUACUAUAAGCGCUGGUCCCAUAUUAAUGAGUGUGGACUGAACACCCAACUAAGCCAACUAGUUUUGUGUUUUUCUUUCAGCUAAUCCAGAGGGAUUUUUUAAUGCAUUUUGAUACAAGUGAUAAAGAAAAAUAAAGUGGAAUUAAAGUGUAUUCACGUGAGUUACUCUUUGGCUACUCUUGUAGUGAAGCUCCUGCUGCUGGCAGUUUCAGUACACCUCUUGCCAAUUUAAGACAAAGAUGGAAAACAUUCCUUGCGUGCAAGGUUUGAGCAUACUCCAAUCUGAAAUGAAGUCAUCAUCAGUUAACAAAUUUCACAGAAAAUCUCUACAUACGUGUGGUUCAAGGUGAGGGGGUGCUUCUUUCUUGUACCUCAGAGCCACUGAAACACCUCCCCAGACUGCAGAGCACUUCCCCCUUUCCUGGGAUAACUACUUUCUUUUCUACUCUAGAGGUCAACACCUAAGGCUGCCACAAAUGAGAACAGUCAGAAGGAGGUCACAUUUGGAGUACAAACUGUGAAGACCAUCCUGAAUUCAACAAGAAGGUGGCCAGGAUCAAAGCAUGCAGAUGAACUUAUCAGUAAACUGAGCCACUGCAUCAUUUGCACUCACUGUUAAAUAAUUAUUCUUCCUUUCUGUAAUGUUACAUAGAUUACAGUAGGCAAAAAGAGCUUUCCUGAGGUAAGUCAGAGGAGAAAAAGGAAGUCAUCAGUUUACUGAAAGCCCUGGAUAGGGAUAUUACAAUUAGUGAUCCACUCUAUGGUUUGGCAGACAGCAACUGCAGAGAGCAUGGGCAAUUCUCCUUUCCUGUUCUUAUGCAAUAUUGCCAAUUUGUAACUAAAAUAAUAAUAAAUACAGUAGUUAUAUCCCUCUACCUUAAAGUUCUUCUGAAAUCCAAAGUUGGUAUAGCUUAUCGUAAUCAUUUCAUCUAUCAGCAGCUUUUUAAUGAUGCUUUCACCAAGGCCAACAAAGAACUUGCAUUUAUGUCAGCAUAGGAACCAUGUAUAGAUUUCCUCUAUUUACUUUCGUAAAGACUACAGAUGGGUUUUUUCCAGCUUUUUUUUUUUUUUUGAAAACAAUCACCCAAAUCUUGCUUCUAUUUCUA